AUGAGACCCGGAGGACCACCAGGAGGACCACCCGGACCGCCUGGUCCGCCAGGACCUGGACUGCCUCCUCUCUUCGGUGGCUUUUGUGAUUUCAUAGGUUCAUGUUUGAGUUUUCUGUGCUGCUGCUGGCUGUUACAAGACUGCUUUGGUGGUGGGCCACCACCAGGGCCUGGACCUCCUGGCCCACCAGGGCCUCUGGGACCCCCUGGCCCACCAGGGCCUUUGGCACCUCCUGGCCCACCAGGACCCCCCGGCCCACCAGGACCCCCUGGCCCACCAUUUCUUCAGGGACCCCCUGGUCCACCAGGGCCUCCUGGAGCACCACCACCCCCGCCAUGA